AGGAAGAGCCCAGCUCUCCCGGAGGCCGUAAAACCCGGACUGGAGCCCGCCUCACAGCCACAUCCCGUGUGUUUGGGACGGUCUGCGCUAAAAAGCGGCCAGGAACAGCUCCUCAGUCCUUCGACUCACACCACUGAAGCAGACUCACUAACCAGCAGUAACAUGGCAGCCUUAUCAGGCGGGAAAAAGACGAGCCAAAAAGCAAAGGGUGGCUUUAUCAGAGUGAGAAAGAGAGAUUUAGAGAAGCUGACCACAGAAGUCAUGCAGCUUAGAGAGUUCCUGCCAAGAGUUGUGAAUGGGGAUCUGAUGGAAAUGCUGCAUAAAGCCCGAGCAGCUCAGACAAUGAAGGAGCACAUUGUGAAGGAGCAGGAGCAGAUGAGGCAGGAGUGUCUGCACCUUCAGUCUCGACUGGAUGCUGUGCAAACUGAGUGUCAAAAAGAGAAAGAGGAAAAGCUGCUGUUACGUGAGCAACUGUGGCAGAGCAGAGUGGAGCUGCAGCAGCAGGCAGACUUCUGCUCUGGUCUGGGAUCUGCUGCCUGCAGUCUGCUGUGGAGCUGCUCUGCCAAGGAGGAUACCGUCUCACUUUGGCUGGCUGAUGGGAAGCUGCAGGCCUUCCUUGCUGUAGCUGCUCAGACUCUAGAGAGCUUUGUCACGUCUUUAGAUGAAGAGGAGAAAACUCAAACUGAGGACUACAACUCCCAUGAGCAUCAGUUUGUGUUGGCAGUGGCUGGGACCAUUACUAAUGUAGCAGCAGUAACACAGGGGCGGGACUUCCUGUCAAGCUCAGCGCACGUCUUCCUGGACACUUUGAUGAAACUUCUCAAGUUGAUGAAGCCCGGUGUCUUCCCCAGACUGAAAGUGUUGAUGCUGAUGGCGCUCUAUAACGUGAGCAUCAGUCUCAAAGGACUGAAGUACCUGAGUGAGAACCAAGGAAUCCUCCCUCUCAUCUGGAAUCUGCUUGAUGACGGACACUGGGAGGUGUGUCUCCACUCCCUGCGUCUCUUGCAGUCCAUGUUGUUGGAGGACGAUGUGUUGCUCCUGUUGGGCUCCUCACUGCUGGAUCCAGACCUCCGUGAUCGCGUCAGCAGGCUCGCUGCCAGCAUGCAGCCAAGCCUGAGACUGACUGCUCUGCAGACCUUGGAGGACCUUCAGGCCCUCCAACAGGGCCGGGCCUGUAAACAGAGCCGUGUGUGAUGAGGGAGGAAUUGAAGUGAAAGAAGAGCCUUUCUCACUGCAUUGUUCACCGUUCAGCUUCUAUGUAUGUUCACACUACUGUGCAUGGUUAGUGCUUAAAAUGCAUAAUGUAGAUCUGCAUUGUUAAACCUGACCUAGUAAAGAUGAUGUUUACAGUG